AUGUCUGGUGAUCUGAAUGACCACGAGAGCUUGGUGAAGGCGAUAAAGCUAGUCGACGUUGUUAUAUCCGCCGUGGGCACCCUGCAAGUGGCUGAUCAGGACAAGAUUGUUGCUGCUAUUAAGGAAGCUGGGAAUGUCAAGAGGUUUUUCCCGUCAGAAUUCGGGCCUGAUAUGGAUCGGUCUCGAGCUGUGGAGCCUGCGAAGUCGAUGAUUUUCGACAUGAAGGCCCGUCUCCGCAGGACUAUUGAGGCCGAAGGCAUUCCAUAUACAUAUGUGGUGUCUCACUACUUCGCCGGCUACUCACUGCCGACAUUCAUUCAGCCUGGCGCAACAGCUCCUCCUAGAGACAAAGUGGUCAUCUUAGGAGAUGGCAAUGCCAAAGUUGUGUUCAAUUACGAGGAAGACAUUGGGACGUACACGAUCAAGGCUGUGGAUGAUCCAAGGACUCUGAACAAGAUCCUCUACAUUAAGCCUCCCAAGAACAUAUACUCGUUCAACGAGCUCGUGGCUUUGUGGGAGAAGAAAAUUGGCAAGACUCUAGAGAAAGAGUAUGUUCCAGAGGAACAAGUGCUUAAGCAGAUCCAGGAAUCACCGGCUCCGCUUAAUGUAAUAUUGGCCAUUAACCACUCGAUUUUCGUAAAGGGAGAUCAUACUUACUUUGAAAUCGAGCCGUCAUUUGGAGUUGAGGCUACGGAAAUUUAUUCAGAUGUCAAGUACAAAACUGUGGAGGAGUACCUUGAUCAGUUUGUGUGA